AUGGGGUCUGGAGGCAGCCUGGGUGUUGCUCUCUUCUACUGGGUGCUGGCUGGAGCAGUAUCUUACAGCCCUUGGAGCUUCCCCCAGAGGAGCUCAGGGGUCCUGAGGGUCCGGGGGGACUCCUCUUGGAGCCAGCCUCGUGUGCCUCCCUUCUCCCAGUCCUCUCCCUGGGCAUGGGUGGAUGUCUCCCAGUUGCAGGCUGCUGUCCCCCUGCACCCUGUGGCUGUGCAGUGCCAGGAGGCCCAGAUGGUGGUCAGGGUGCACAGAGACCUCUUUGGCACUGGACGUCUGGUCAAGGCUGCAGACCUGAGCCUGGGCUCAGCCUCCUGCUUGCCUGUGGCCCAGAGUGCUGCUGAGGGCACUGUGACCUUCAGAGCUGGGCUGCAUGAGUGUGGCAGCACCCUGCAGGUGACCCCAGACUCCCUGAUCUACAGAACCAGCCUGUCCUACAAACCUUCUCCUGCCAACCUGCUGAUUGUAAGAACCAGUGCAGCUGUGGUGCCUAUUGAGUGCCACUACCCCAGGAGGGGCAACGUCAGCAUCAGUGCUGUGCAGCCUACCUGGGCUCCCUUCUACUCCACCCUGGCCGGGGAGGAGGAGCUGAUCUUCUCCCUACGCCUCAUGAAUGAUGACUGGAGCUCCGAGAGGCUCUCCAAUGGCUUCCAGCUGGGAGAAAGGCUGCACCUCCAGGCUGAUGUGGCUGCUGGGAGCCAUGUCCCUCUCAGGCUCUUUGUGGAUGACUGUGUUGCCACCCUCAGCCCAGAGAGCAGCCCCUCUCCUCGCUACGCCUUGAUCGACCUCAGCGGGUGCUUGGUGGAUGGCAGAUCAGAUGACACCACUUCAGCCUUCCUCUCUCCAAGGCCAAGGCAGGAAACACUGCAGUUCAUGGUAGAUGCCUUCAGGUUUGCAGGAGACAAUGGAAACUUGAUCUACAUCACCUGCCACCUGAAGGUCUCUCCAGCUGACCAAGCCCCAAAUCCAUGGACCAAAGCCUGCUCCUUCAACAAAGCCAGCAGCCUAUGGGCUCCUGUGGAGGGGACUGGAGACAUCUGCAGCUGCUGUGAGACCAACAACUGUCCCUUGCAUGGAGGAUCCUCCCAGAGAGUUAACCCUGCAGCCAGAUGGCCAGGGAGGCGUGCCAGGAGGGACACUUCUUCCAAGCAAGGUGGGCCCUCGAGCACAGCAGAGGCUGAGGUCUCCAUUGGACCACUCUUGAUCCUUGAUUCAGCUCAGGGACCAUGGAGCUCCUCAGAGGGCCUUGCACCAGCAGGCAAGACCACACCUGAUGCUGGUGAAGGAUUUCCUGUGCUGGCUGAGGUUGCCAUGUUCAUAGCAGCCAUCCUGCUGAGCUUGACUGCUCUUGGGCUGUUCCUUGUGUGCAGAAAAUGUGGUUGUCCUGUAGUGUCCCUGUAA